CUGUCAAACUGUUAUGAAACAGUUGUUGACGUUUAAAGCACCUCGUUCGCGUAACAAUUUUCACCCGGAACCGUAGUGUUUUUCUUCGAGUGAAAAAGUCCACUUUCCCGGCCAUUUUCCAGCAGCAAAAUGUCGUUCGCCCUGCGUAGCGCUCGCCUGGCCGCCCUGGCCCGCCCCUCGAUCCGCAUGGUGCAGUCCCGCGGCUACGCCGACGAGAUGGCCUUCACACUGGCCGCCGCGAACAAGGUGUUCUACGACAGUGCCAACAUCCGGCAGGUCGAUGUGCCCUCGUUCAGCGGUGCGUUCGGUAUCCUGCCGAAGCAUGUGCCGACGCUGGCCGUCCUGAAGCCGGGCGUCGUCACCGUGUACGAGAACGACGGCGCGGUGAAGAAGAUCUUCGUCUCCAGCGGCACCGUCACCGUGAACGAGGAUGCCUCCGUGCAGGUGCUGGCGGAGGAAGCGCACCCCGUGGAAGACCUCGACUCGUCCGCCUGCCGGGAGCUGCUCUCGAACGCCCAGACCCAGCUGUCCUCCGCCUCGGGCGAUAAGGACCGCGCGGAAGCUGCCAUCGCCAUGGAAGUCGCGGAAGCGCUUGUCAAGGCGUCCGAAUAAAUCUGCCUGCCUGCUAAUAAUUCCCCCUUGCUCUAGGUCCUGGCGAAAAGGAUGCGUACGAUAAAUGUUAACCCCGUAAACGGAACAUGGGAUCGAGAAAACCCCAAUGCCAAUAGUUGGACGCCGGGAAUCGGAUUCGCUGCAUUAUGCGUUCUAGCGUGUGUGGUAAACUACAUCAAAUUGGGCGAAUAAAAUAGAGUUGUUCCUUUAAACCCUCUCACCAUCUUAUGUUAAA